AUCAUUAUCACUCGAGGUGUUACUCACAGGGUUUACGUUUCGGAAACUGCCAGUCUAUUAAACAAUAUUUAAAACUUCCUUACUGGGACCCUUGCAUUUGAUGGCGAUGGAGUUGUGUCGUGAAGUGUUGCUCUGCGUUCUUCUGGGGGUAGUUUUCGUGGGAAGACUAUCCGCGCUGAGUGGACCCAAUGUGUGUGAAAGAAGGGAGACAUAUUACCGCGUGGUAAGAGUUUGUGCUUACAGAACCUGGUUAAGCUGCUGUUAUUAUCGGUACGUCACGAAGUGUGACUACAGAACGGUGCGUUAUUGUUGUCCAGGUUACAAAAAUGUCAACAAUAGAUGUGUCCCUGUUUGUUUUGGAAGAACGGACAGAUCAGGCUGCAACAAUGUCGGCAGGUGCGAGGCGCCCAAUACCUGUGUAUGCGAGUCCGGCUACAGCGGACCUCAAUGCGACAACAAGGUUGCUUGCUCUGUGACUAGACCAUGUUACCCGGGAGAUUGUCCAAAUGCCGACAACUGCGAAUGUUCUCAGGGAUUUGGAUUAACAAACUGCACUACGAUCCUCAGAUCCCCGCAGAUUACUCUAGCUUCAGCUGUUCUUGCGUAUCACCAUCCAGUCAAACGUAUGGAUAUUUACAACUACACGACAGAUGCCACCACGAAUGGAACCGGAAGUGCCGCCAGUGCCUCCAUUUGGGCCAACUUUAACCGCUUUAACAAAAUCCGUGCUACACUAUCCGGGGCAUUCAGUCUCGAGGCGCAGUUAUCUGCCAGACCAAGCUAUGUGACGGAGUCGAAGCUAGGGAUAGCUAGAGCGACAAUGGAAUGGCAGCUGGAAAAGCUGAAAAACGGCGUGCUUCAAAAAGAGGGUGGUAAAACUAGUACUUGUACAGAGGUUGCAGACAGCAAUCCCAGGAAUACGUUACAAGAAUGCCAAGUGGAAUUUGACAACUCGCUGGCCAUUGACAGUGGUGAUGUAUUCACUCUGACGUUUGAGGUUCUAAACGGAGGAUAUGAGGUUCUUUCCGGAAGGAUUCGAUUACCUUUCAGACAACAGGGUUCCUCUAGAUCCUCGGUUACGUAUAAAAUCGACCUCGACAAACCUGUUCCGACUCCGGAAACAGCAUUCAAUGUGGAGGAAUCGUUCACAAAAAAUCCCGUGAUUAGGGCCCGAUGGUCUGGGUGGAAUGACACACUUUCUGGCAUGGCGGCUUACAAUUAUGAAGUAUUUGAACUUCAAGAUAAAAGCGGUACUCAGCGAUAUGUAAAAAGAAACAAAGCAGAUUGUGUAAAUCCACAAUUUGGAAACGACUGUAAUCCUUUCUUAGACCCGAUAUUCAGUCAGAAGUUUGAACAUUCUAAUCAGGAGAAAGAGGCAGUUUUCAGAGCAACUAACCCGGGGGUCUACGCCAUGAUUCUUGAAGCGUCUGAUAGAGCAAAUAACUCAGAAUACGUGGCACGUUAUGUGGUGUAUGACCCAAAUUCGUCAAUCGAAUUACAGACCGGAGAAAAUGACAUAAAAGCUCUUUCAGGAUCACCGAAUGCAAGCUUCAAAUGGGUAAUUUUGUCAAGCCCUUCUCAAAGUGAUAUAGCAUUGGAGUUCUCGUGGAAGAGUCAUUUCAUUAACCGCCAGCAGCAUGAGGGAGGGUUUCUUAACACAAUCGAGGAAUAUCGUCCACAAUUGGAGGAUGAGAAUGUUGCUCCAGGCGUAUUUCCUAAAACUAUCAACACAAAGUAUAAAGAAACAACCAAAAAUAGUCGGCCGCAGGACUCCAUCCCGAAUGCGUUGGGUAUUAUAAGGUUUGAAACAUUUUUGGAUGAAACGGGUCAGCGAAACAUCGACAUAAAUUCUGGAGUGUCUUGGACGAAUCAGAAUUUAAAUACUACAACUUCCUCUAUACUAAGACGAUCUAUCAGUGAGGGGGACUCAGUAACCCUGUGGGUGCGGGCCAGUGACGCCAUGGGCAACAAGAAUCUCUCCUUUCUUCAGCUGGGCUUUGAUGGCAGUGCGCCGUCCGUUUAUAAUCUAAGUUUUAUGAAGAACGCGGGAAACAGAUUUACAUAUGGCAGCAAAUUCUGGUUUAAAGUUGCUGAUGUGCACAGUGGUAUAUCUCAGAUCUACUACCGCAUCAUAAACAAGUCCAACAGCUCGGUAGCAGCCAAUGGUAGCGUUCCAGUGAAUGUCUCCUCCACGGAAAAAGGAUUUCCCGAUCAGUGGUACAAAUUUCGGAAUAACUUUUACUUUUACCAGCAUGAAUUGGAAAUCGAUAAUUGCUGGUUUAGAGUUCCGAAAGAGAGACAGGCCACUGAUCAGUUUUCUGUGGAGAUCACGGCUUACAAUGGCGCCAUGUUACAGAAACAAAACAGUAUUGAAGUAAAGCUGGGCUCCUUUAAAGGCAUCGGAGAAUAUCAAGGCGUCCAAAAUAUAGUCCUACUUAAAAUGGAGGGAACUGGGGUCCGGUUUGGUUGGAAUCUAACAGACACGUGCUACAGACGCCAGAACAUCCUCCUCGAAUACGACGACGGGCAGGCACGUAGGAAGGACAUCAGUCCCGCAGUGAAUAGAUUCGACCUCUUGGGUCUUCGGCCGCUUACACGUUAUAACGUAAGCUUUACCAUAGAAUACGACGAGGGAGAUUUCAGCAACCCUGUUUAUUUCCAAUUCAGAACAAUUCAGGCGAUUGCGGCACAGCGCAGUUUGACGACAGGAGGGUAUGCUGGAAUUAUAGUUGCCAUUUGCCUUGUGUUGUUGUUCGUGAUCUUCGUUGGUGUGAUGUAUAAAACUGGUCGUUUACGCAAAGCGGAAGUCAUCAUUGCUCCAAUCAGAAACACUAUACGACGACGCAGAGCUGGUGUGGGAGCGGCAGGGUACCAGCAAUAUAAUACAGGUGGAUAUAAUGAAGAGGACAUCUAUUUAUAUGGAGGCCUCACUUUCGAAAAUCAACCUGACUGGCAAUACAGCAUGGACAAUGUUACUUUGGAAACAUUGCUGAAGACGGGGCGAUUUGCCAUGAUUUAUAAGGCGAGCGUUUACAAGAAAGGAAAUCCUAGGGAAUGUGUAGCGAAGACUCUCAAAGACGGAUACACGGAUGAAGACAAAGUGCUAAUGAUGGCAAAAAUAAAUUUCUUCGGGACCAAGGUUGGGGAGCACCCCUGCGUUCUAGGAUUCAUUGGAGCCGUGACAGUGGAACAGUCCAUGGGACCAAUCAUGCUCCUCGAGUAUUGUGAAAAUGGUACGAUGAAGGACUGGCUUAUAGACCGACAGAGUGCCGUCAGCGAUGACGUAAUAGAAAACCUCUUCCGGUUCUCGUAUGACAUCACCAGAGGAAUGGCUUAUCUCGCAAGUAAAGAGAUUGUCCACAUGAGACUUGCGGCGAGGAAUGUAUUUCUAAAUAAAAACCUGAAUGCUAAAAUCGCCGGGUUCGGACCACGUCAGGGAGACGAAGAUGAUGAAUCGGGAAGAAAGGAACGCAUCCCCGUAAAGUGGAUGGCCCCCGAGUGUUUAAACAAAACCGGAAGUGCUUCAGAGAAGAGUGAUGUUUGGUCGUAUGGGGUCACGUGCUGGGAGAUUUUCACCAUGGGCGCAACCCCAUACGACAGUGUGAGAAGCAGAGACCUCCCAAAAUGGCUGAAACAAGGAAACCGACUGAGUAAACCUGAAUACACGGAUGAUUUACAUUACGAAAUCAUGACAAAAUGUUGGACUUUGGAGCCUUCCAGACGACCGUCUUUUUCGCAAAUCAACAAAGAGAUAGAGUCUCUCUUCCGCCAGUCAUCCGGGGACUUGUACUACUAUGACGCAGGGAAAUAACCGAAUCAAGUUGAUGUGGCGAUCUAUGUAGUGUUGAGGAAUAAUCAGAGUACUGUAAAAUGAGUGUGGAAAAAUCAUAAAGUAUCAUUUAGAAGUUGAACAUUAAGAUGUUUCCUUUUUUUCACAUGAGCCGGAUGUGCAUGUAAUGUACGUGUUGACGUCACAUGUAGAUAUAGUUGUUAAGUUCUGUCAAUGCGCUAUUUAUCUUUGUUAUUUUUUUCACAGGUACACUUGUGCAUGUUUUUUGUGUUGUCUAUAUUUAUGUCAUUGUGUGUGUAUACACAUAACGACCGGAAAUGAGGUAUAAACAAUCCAUUUCCUCCAUUUUCCAGCACAAUUUAUUACACUCAUUUUUAUAUACUUUGAAUACCGGUAUACAUAUUGACGCCUAAUACAUGUCUGUUUAUGAAAGGUUAUACUAUCAUUACUAUUAUCAUCAUCAUCAUCAUCAUAUUUUACAAUUUCUGAACUUUCAUCAUAUCUGUACAUGUAAGAAGUAAGUUUCACUUUUGAAAAUAAAGGAGAGCAUGAUCUGUGACGCUUCACGCCAGCAUACUAACACGUUUCAUGAAAAGUAUAUACACUGUAUAGGCUGAGGUGAAGCAUUGCUGUUCAUACCUUCAUAUAUUAUUUAAAAAAUAAUGUUAUGUCCCCGGGGGCAUAUUAUUUUUGGCCUGUCCUUCUGUCUGUGACCAAAAACAUCAGCCUUGGUCAUAUCAUUUACACCUUAAGAGGUAGAGCUUUCAUAUUGGGUAUAUGUAUUUCUUCUGGCAAAAACUUUCCAUUGACACCAGAAUCAUUUAAUAACUUUUAAAGUGAUGACUUAUAAAAGAUGCUGAUUGGUUGAAAAAUUCGUUUGAUUUCUCUGUCAAAAUUUCGUUCGGAGUUCAUCUGCACUAAGCCCGCGGGACUACUUUUCUCUGGAAUGCGUCUUCCCCGUUCUAAUUUUAGCGCUAUUUAUAGAACGGGAUUUUCCACACAAGCAUUAUAUAUAACGAAAUGCAUUUGUUUGAUUUUUGUUUUUCAUUGCUAUCAAAAAUUAGCACAACUAAAGAUAUGAAUAAAAUACAAAUUAAUUUAAAGAAACAGCAUACAUAGGCGAUGACGUGGCAGAGUAGUCAAUUUAAUGACGUAGACCACUUACUGGUAGACAGAUUACACGAGUUCCCGGUAUGAAUCGUCUGCUUUACGAGAUCGAUAACAUGACGGAGCAAGUGGCGACUUCUGAUCUGGUAAAUAUCAAUGAAAUUGAACUGCAUCAUAUGGGGCUCAGUCAACGAGUGCGUUUUAAACGUUUUCCUCGAUAUUGAAAUGGAGCCGAAUUGCAUUCCACCGUUCCAUCGACACAACCAGUGUUCAACGUCUCCUCCAACACGAUGCAGCAUAAAUCCAGUCACCACUUGCUAUCUUCCUUUAUAUUUAAUUCAGCUUUUAAUCAUUGCACCUUUAAUUUGGCGUAUAAUCCAUUUAAAUCUGCACAGCAACUGUUCCCGACCUGAACGCACAGCCAUGCCAUUUUGUUUUUGCUUUCAUUCUUGCCUAUAUAUGUAUUCCUACGCGCCAUUUCAGAAACGUUAAUUCAAGCUUUUUGAUGGGAGAAACUAUUUGUUUUUCUAUCUUAAAAACAUAAUUAAAUGAUAAGAAAUAAAACUUAUAAUUCUUUGUUUGAUGCAUGUAUCAAACAAAGAAUUAUAAGUUUCAUUUCUUAAAUCUUUGACCUGGUGAUCUUAACAUUGCUCUUUGAUCUACUUUUAGAAAGUUCGAAUAUAAGCCAUAUCUUUCAAAUCGUUAGAGACACUGUUUUUAUAUUAAGCAUGUGCAUGUUUUGUAAGAAGACCUUUCCAACGAGACCAGAUUUGUUGACCUUGUGACAAUGACCUAGUUUUUGAAAGCUACAAUGUCUUACAGUACCACGUUAAUUGUAAUCUGGAGGCAUCAGUGUUUCGCAAACACAUUUUUUUUAUAUUUACAGUUUGCUCUCAUUUCUGUCGGAAUAUUCCCAGCCGUCAAAAUUGUCGAUGUAAUUGAAAACUUUGAAGCAUUUAUGUGAAUCAUUAAAUCUCUGCAGCGAA